AUGGAAGAGCCUAGCCAGUCGCAGAGCGUCUUCAGCGUCUUGACUGCCGGCUUCGGUGCUGGUGCGUUGUUGGGAUGGUUGAACUCCAGGAAGCAACAGAUUGCCUCCGUGGCCGCAGCUUCUGCCGUUGCUAUGGCUCCUGCAGCAAAUGCCAUGGUGGACUACGACAACAUCCAGUACCUGGGUGGAAGCGACAAGGUCGACAUCAACAAUGCCAACAUUCAGGCCUACAGGCAAUUCCCGGGCAUGUUCCCAACCAUUGCUGGCCUGAUCGGCACCCAUGGCCCUUACAAGCAGGUCUCUGACAUCUACAGCAUCCCUGGCAUGGAGGACAAGCUGAAGAACAUUGUCAAGAAGUACGAGGGCAACUUGGUUUGCCUGCCGGCGAACCCUGCCUACUUCAUUGACCGCAUCAACAACGGCAACUACCGCUGA